AGCGAAGAAAAUCUCUUUCGUAAAAAUUCAAAUGUUUUCCGGUUUUGCUACAUUUGAAAAUUUCUACGAUGCGCUAUAGUAGCCGCCAUUUUCAGCGAGCUGCGCAGUUAAAACACUUCAACGUAAUGAAUCAAAACAACGUGUGUUGUCAUAUUGCGGCUAAUAUAGUAUACCUGAGAAUCAAUUUUUUUUUGCAAUAAAACUAGUCAUGCCUUAGAGUUCCUUGGUUUCAUUGAGCGAAAGGGACAUGAGAAUAGUAAACAGGUUCGUUCACGUAUUUCACAUUCUAUAAACAUUAUGUCAUGAGUCAGGGUAAAUUGCCAAAAGGUUGGAUUAUCGUUCCCUCAAAAAAACACCCAGACCGUGUGUAUUAUUUCAACGAAAGGACAAAUGAGACCUCAUGGAAACAUCCGGGAUAUACUACAAACGAGAGAAUGUCUAAAGUCACUAAAAAGCGAAAGAAUGAGGAGGACAAUCUACCGAAGACACCUAUCACACCAGAAGAGGCUCCAACAACCUCAAAAACCGAGAGACCCAAGUUAAAAGCCCGAAGAACGUUACCAGCAGUGACAAGCGAUCAACGACGAGAAUCUAACGAGACACCUCAAAUGAAAGUUCUACGGGAAAAGAUACUGGUAAAGCAGGCGAAACUUACUGCAACAAAAAAGGUAAAGGUUCCAAUUGACGAUGGACAGAAAUCUCAAAAGGAGGUAAAACUCGAAUCCGGGGAUGAAAAACAAAAUCAGAAGCCCUCGAUGAAUGUAGUCACCAUGACUCCUCACAUGAGAGAAGUCUACGAAAAAUUGCAAGCACGAAAAGCCCUGGCGAAGGGUAAAAAGUCAGAACGAGUCGCCCAAGAAUUGCAACGAGUAUCCGAAGUGCCUUUGCCUUCAUCUGAAGAAGACGCUCCUAGACGUGGCAGAUCCAGAGCUAAGUCCAUGGGUCCAGUAUCAACUCCAGUAUCCGCUGGAGUUCCAAAGGUACCCCAAUCUUCAAUCUCCAAAAACCGUCGCAGAACGAUGUUGAUUCCCUCGACGAAGCUCCAACGGCAAAGAUCCGGAAGUGACACAGAGUGUAUAGUUACAACCCCCAAGGACAUAAAAUUAUUUUCAAGAACUCGACUGACUCCUGAGACUAAGAAAAACCUCGCCAAGGAGAGAAUGGAGAAACUAAGACGAAGUUUGGUGACUGAUGUCUCAGAGGAGGACACCCCUCAACGUAAGAAACGUAAAAAAACUCCGGAGAAGGAGAUUCAAGAUUCAUCGUUACGAAAAUUACAUACAGUCGUACUUCCCGACGUUUAUGACUCAGCGGGAGCCAGGACGAAGGCUCUGAAAGAAAAACUUCAUAAAGAAGUAGAAAGAGCUGACGAGGAGCUGAACGCUUCUUCGAGUAGCUCUCAAAGUUUUUCAAGUAAUUCUCCAAGACCUAGAGAUUGGGUGGAUGGAGCUAGCAAUCCCGCCGCCCUCCUCCGCGAUUUAUCCUGUGAUGAUGAAGCAAUGGACUGGGAACCGAUCGAAGACGAUGUGCUAAUGCAGGAGAUCCAGUCGGUGAGGAACGAGCUCGGUUGCGAUGUUAAUACUGUGAUGAAGCAACAUCCCGAGGAGUGCAGCCUGGAUCUCGUUGAUGGUCCAAUUAAGUCCGCUCGUAGUGCUCUGUAUAUCGUCAUCGACACCAAUGUCUUUUUAUCAAAUAUUCAAGCUGUCAAGCAGGCCUUAGACACUGACUUCAAGACCCAUGGACGUCCCUAUAUCGUCAUCCCAUGGACGGUAAUUCGAGAGCUCGAUUACAUCAAGAAUGAUAAAUCAAACUCCCGCCCUGAGGCUUUGAAGAGCAAAGCAAGGCAGGGUAUUCAAUUUAUCAAUAGAUAUUUCUCUGCUAAACACCCGAGGUUGUUGGGACAGCCAGCCCGAGACGUUAUGACCAAUCGUGAGAUGUUUGCUGUUGAGUGUCCCGAUGAUGAGAUCCUCCAGACAUGUUUGCAGAUACGAAAGUCAAAUCAGACGGUAGUUUUAUUAUCUUAUGAUAAGAAUCUCUGCAACAAAGCCAUGAUUCACGAUAUUGUCAUUCUUGGGAGAAAUGAUCCUCUGGAAAAAGUUGAUUUCUUGAUUGCUGGUGAAUACAGAAAUGAAUCUUCGCUCACAUCUCAUUUGAAUCAGAGUGGAACUAAUCCGAGGAAUGCAACAGCAAAGCACCUGAAGGAAUCGUCAAUUGCUGAAGACCUAUUCGAGGAGAUUAAAGCUGUCUUGAGAGAGUUUCUCACUGUGAUUGUGGCAAAGGAGAUGCAAAAUUUGUAUGGAGUAAAUUGGGAGAAAUACGUCCUCAUUACACCCCCCUGGACUGCCAUUACUGUACUCAAAUGUGCCAUUAAACACUGGAUGGCAGCUGUCAGUGAUUCAUUCAUAAGAAGAGCUGAACCUAUGUUAAAAGAGCUACUGGAUGUUAUGAAUAAAUACGACAUAAACAGGAGAUUGAGGGACGUCGAGUAUGUGAUUGAUCUCACAUAUGAGCUCGUGCAGUGUCUUAUUAUAAAAAAAUAUCCAAAUUUAAUUCAACGAAUUGAAAGUACCCUUCAGGAUCUGAGGAGAAGGUAUCGUGAAGCUGUACAGGGCCUUGAGGCGGACGAGAUUACAGACAAAUUUGAAAGGGAGGGAAAUGAGAAGGCGCUAAAGGAGAGAGCUGAAGCAGUCUUUCGUAGGUUUGACCAGAUUUAUUCCUAUGCCAGGGAUGUUUGUGGUGCUGCUUGUACCUUGGUGGGAAUGCCCUGCACCUUUGAUUUCAAAAAGUUGGAUCCUCCAGUGGACGACGAUUACAUCACAAGUUUGCAACCAGAAAUUGCUGCCGGUUUGAAUCGUAUUUUAUUGGUCUUGAGCAGAGCUUUGGAAGACUUGGAACUGUUGCACAAAGACCACAAAUCAGUCAAAGGUCUUUAUGAUGCACUAUACUCCUUUCCGGAGAAUAAAUAUGAAGUGACUGACGUAUUUUUCCCUGUUGAUGUCUACACGUGCUUGAAGUACAAGGAGAAGAGUCUUAGCUUCGGUGUGGGACAGCUGCAGCAGCUUAUCGAUCACUUCUGUCGAUUGGCCUCGUAUCGCUGUCGUUAUUCUACUUCUCUCGAAAUCCGACAAUCUUUUUAAAUUAUUGUUUUUAUUAUAGGAUAGCAUCAACCAAAAGGGACGAUUUCAGUGGUUUAUUGAAAAAAUCAAAUGUUUAUUUUCUCAUUUCGUAAGAAUUUUCCACAUGAUGUUUCACAAGUGUCAAAGUUUACAAAUAAAAUAUUUUCUACAGCAAAUCAGACACAAUUUGGUUAUUAGAUGGAAUAAUAGAAUCCAAAGGAGGCCUGUGACGGAGAGAUAUUUAGCAAAUGCUAUCAUUUUCAGGUGAUUUGUUUUUCUGGACAUAACAUAAAGUAAUUUGUCUGCAAUAUUUUUAAAAAUUGUCUAAUGCGAAUUUCAGGGCCUGAAUAAUUCUGUCAUUUCUACUUUGAAAUAAAAAUACUUAAUAAAAAUGGA